UCCCUACAAAGGUUUACUUGGAAGACAAAAGAGAAAUAGGCAUAGUGUGUAGUGUAUCUGCCUAUAAGCUGAUGUCAGGCUCACCCUGGCACACUCUCUCUCUCUCUCUCUCUCUCAUACACACCCCUUCAUUCCAGUCCACACGUGGGUGUGUGGUCUGACAUCUGAGUGCGCGCUAGUGGUAUUACUGAUCACACAUCACCUGGCUUGCAUAUAUGUGUGUGUGUAAUUCAAAGGAGGUGAUAAAGCCACAUCCACACACAUGAUGAUAUUGAUAGAGAUGAUGAUCAAUGAAGUGUAACAACGCAGAGAAGAUCAGAAAUUCAGCGAAAUAUAUCCAUCUGUCUGGUGUGAACUAUGGAUUUGUUUGUGUGUGCGGUGUGGAGUGUAGCACUCCUGACAAACACACCAAGUCUCAAAGCUGAGUCCUCUGCACCCGUUCCAGUCUCGAACACUGUGUCUCAAAAUGAAGCCGCUGACCUCUUUGUGACCUCAGAGAUCACUGACCCCAAAGAACCUAUUUGGAAGGCCCUUGGUCAUCCCUCAUCUGCGCCGCGAUAUAUCAGCAGCGCGAGCACAGAUGGAGCCCGAACACGAGAUUUGUUCUCUCUAGGUGCAUACACCACCUCGCUUCCUACCAUGACUCCUUCUUUUACCCUAAAUCAUGUGAGCACAAAAAUCAACGACACUAAAGAGCCCAACACAGGCGCGACCAUCAGGACGGACGUCAUUCGGCCACCAGAAAGCAUGACAUCAACUGAUGUGAAGCGAGGCUCUUUAGAUAUCACUCCAGCCCUCAUUCCACUGAGGAGCACCACCAUUACACCAGGAUUAUCCAUCCCUUCAUCUACCAAUCUCAGUGAAGAACAUCAAAAUUCUUCUCAAUCCACCACCUCUGAGAUGAUCCCAACAGUAUCGUUAAUUCCACCUUCUAUUCCAGCUUCUACUCUGAAAGACUUGAUCACUGGAUCUGCUUCUUUGGGGAAAAAGAACCAGGAUGGAUCAUCAGAACUAGAUGUGGGAGAUGAAGACAAAGUGCCUUCUCCUUCUCCACUGGAUCCUUUGCUUGCUGGCCUGAUCUCCAUCUUCAUCAUUAGCACCGCUGUGCUCUCCAUCGUUCUCUUCCUCAAAUUACGCCAACAUAGCGGCCAUCCUGAAUUCCAUAGACUGCAAGACCUUCCCAUGGACGAUCUCUUGGAGGAUACACCGUUGUCAAGAUAUUCAUAUUAAAGCAGCUCUUAUGGUUCCUUAGACCAGACUGAUAAAACUGCUUAUGUGGCGAUAUCAUGGGAACCAAACCAGCUCGAGUUGUUUGGGAUGAAAUUUGUUGGUGUUCUCAACAUUCUUAACACAGUAUUUCAUAUUUUGGAAAGUAUGACAGGCUCUUACCGUGAAUGAUAUUAUAUGUAGGACAUAAGACCGAACAAAACAAACAUUGCUACUGACUGAAUAACACUUUUUUUUUUAAAUUUCACUGACUCUCUAGUCCUGAAAAUUACUACCAUGAUAUAGUUCUUGCUGUGGCUAGGAGGAUAUUAUCGUGUUCUGUUCCUGAUGCUUAAAAUGACUCAGGUUUCAUGUAGUGAAGCCUCUAAAAUAAUAAGGUAUCUGGUGCAUUGCUGGAUUUGAUAAACUUGUAUCAGGAACAUACACAGAACCAUGUUGGCUUCACCGCUGUCCAGAGAACGAACCAGCUCCCGGAUCAUAUCUGCUCAGUGAUGCUCCUUUUCUGCUGAUGGAUACAGUGAAGGAGGACCAAGCCAAGCCGAGCUGCGUGUGGUGGCCUGACACACUAUUAAAAUAUGUCUGUUUAGUAAUGUUGACGGAGAAAAUCUGUAGUAAUUAUCAUCGUUUUGUUGUUCGUUUGUUUUGUUUUGUCCUUCAGACCUGAACAAGAGAUCAAUCUAAGUCAGUAACUAUAAAGUAUGAAUAGUAAAAAGUUUUAUGUGCAAAAGUUUGUUGGUGU